AUUUUGUCAGCUUGCAGAUGCUGCGUCCCUUAAGCCGCAGCUUAUCAUCUCUGAAGAAGAAGUCUGUAAGAUUAUUAUCGACGCCUGCGGAUACGAAAGAUGACGACUCAAAGCCGUGGCUCAAUCCUUGGAAACAUGCACUUCCAAAGAGAGAGGCCACCACGACAUCUUUCGAAGAAGUGAAGAUUGAUUGGUCAUUUGUUGAGAGGUUGAUGCCUCACGAGGUCGUUCCUCCCUUACCAAAACAUGCUUCCUACCCCACGCCGAGUGGUUGGCAACCACCUCAAGAUCCUCCUCCAGAUCUACCUUACUAUGUUCGUAGACGGCGAGAUCAUAUGCUUCCUCUUUACCUGAGUCGAAGAAGAGAUCUACUCAACGAGAAAACGCUCGACUUUGACUAUGUGGAACUUGUCACAAUGAGAAACGUUGAAGGCGACGUUUUUGCAUGCGAAAAGGAUCUGCGAAUGUUCGUGGAUGCAGAGCUAGGAAAAACAAUAGGAACACAUGUUGACGAGCUGAAGGGAAGAAUAGUGAUAAAAGGUGUAGAUCGAUCAGUAGUUGAGAAGUUUUUGUAUAGCAAAGGAUUUUAGGAGUUUGCACGUUAAGAUCUUGAUUGUUAUA